AUGACAAGGCAGUCUGAUGUGCAAGAGUCGAUGAACAAGAUCUCCAGCCGCGCGGAGAAGGCGGUGGAGGUGCGCAAGUACGAUGAGAAAGCGGUACAACAGCGCAUGCAGAAACUACAUGCCGACAUUCAGCAGAUGAAACUGGCGGAGAAAAAGAAGGCGGAUGAACUCGCGCAGGUUCACGUGGUAGAGGAGGACAUCUUGCUACUAGAGCGUGAGCUCGGUUGCGACCGCACGGCGGCCGAGCAGCGACUUCGUGAGAAAAGGGGUGACCUUGUUGCUGUCCUUCGGGAGGUCACGGGCCUUCCUAAGGCAAAGGCAGUUGCACCGCAGGCGUGA